UACGGAUCCUUCCGAGCCAAUGUCCACACCCAAACGGAGCACCGUCUCUACGUCCUCCGCCCCUCCCUACCGACCCCACCUCCUCUCCGGGCCUCCCGGCCGCUCUAGCCGCCGCUUUUCUCGCUGGUGGCGGUUCUGGGCUGCGCUCGCGCUGGCCAACCGGGGUCGGCGGCAGUGGGCAGGUUUCGGCCUCCUGCUGGCCGCUGCACUGCAGCCGUGAGCCUGGGAACUGCGCACUUGAGGCCUACGCUGUCGCUUUCCCAAGCCGGGACUCCCAGGACGGCGCCUCCCUGACCGGCGAGACCAGGCCGGGACCAGCCACUCCGCGUCCACCAAGCCCGGCGCCUUCGCCUACCCAGCCUAGACCCCAAGCCGCUUUCCCCCCUUUACGGUCUGCAUUAGGUUCUUCUUCCCACAAUGUGCCCACUGGCCUCAGGGGUCCGGAAAGUUUAGGACUGAAUCUACCUACCGUCUAGUAAUGAGGCCUUGACACCUGACAGUCCCGGAAAGCUGCCCUAGGGCUCCGCACCGCUGGCUUCUUAGCUUUCUUUCUCUGAAAAGUUGAAGAUCUUAGCUUUCUUUCUCUGAAAAGUUGAAGAUCUUUCUGUCUCCUCAAAUUUACUACUGCCCGAGGAGCCAUGGCCCCCAAGCCAGGGGGCGAAUGGAGCACGGCCCUAUCCCACCUGGUGUUGGGAGUGGUGUCUCUGCACGCAGCAGUGACCACUGCCCAGGCAAGUCGAGGGGCUGCCGCUGGCUUCCUGCUCCAGGUCUUGGCUGAUACCACCAUGCUGGCCCCAGGCCUGGGCACACAUGAAGACUGUCUCGCUGGAGCAUGGGUGGCCACAGUCAUUGGCAUGCCCCUUCUGGCCUUUGAUUUCCACUGGGUGAAUGGGGACCGAUCCUCUGCCAACCUGCUCCUGGGAGGAGGCAUGGUGCUGGCAGUGGCUGGUGACCACCUUGGCUCUGAUGGCCGCUCUGUGGCUGGUCAGGCAAUGCUGUUGGUGGUUGCAGUGACCAUCCUCAUUGUGGCUGUUUUCACAGCCAACACUUAUGGGAUGUGGGGGGGGGCGAUGCUGGGUGCGGCAGGUCUCCUGAGCCGGCUGGAGGAGGACAGACUGCUGCUGUUGCGGAAAGAGGAUGUCUGUCGCUGCGCCCUGGCUGCAGGCUGUUGGGCCUACUGCCGGGCCCUGCACACACAGCGCCUACAGUGGGAGUGAUGCUGGACAUACCAAAGCAGGGCUGCUGCUGACAACUUUCCCUCCCUGCUCCUGGGGAUAGACUCUGCUUUUUCCCAUAGUGGGCUUGCUGCAGGUUGACUGAUCGAGGUCAGAAUCUGGAUGCUGUCUCUCCUCUGGCUAUGGGGAUUUACUUAGACCAGAAUGAAGGGGAUGGGGUCCUAGGCACAUUUUGGUGCCCAAUUUCGGGCUGGGCAUGGUUGUGUUUCCAGAGAGAGAUCUGGUCUCCAAUAAAUCUUAGAAAUUUUGCAGGAA